AUGUUGCGGCUCUUGGGUCUCGGCUUUCUGGCAUCGGUUUCGGCCCUGUUGACCGAAGCAGGAGUCGUCGUCCUCAAAGACGAUGAAACUUGGGACAAGUACAUCGAUCCAGCCAACAACAAGGUCGGCAUGAUCGAGUUCUACCAGCCCUGGAGCGGCGAAUGCCAACAAUUCAAGCCAAUUUACGAAGAAGUUGCCGCGGAAUUGUUGGAGCACGACAUCCGAGUGGCUAAAGUUGACAUAACUGAAUUCAAGCUGAAACAAAAAAUCGACGAAAUGGAAGUGACCGAGUACCCAACCAUCUUUUCCGUCAGAAAAGGCGAACUCAUGCUCUACAACGACAUCCGAGACGUCGCUACAAUCAAGCAGCAUCUUUUGGACAUGCGAAGUUCCAAGUGGAAGAAGCCAGAAGAGCUCGUCGUUGAAUUGACAGACGAAAACUUUGAAGACUAUGUCAACGGAGAAGAAUUCACAGUCGUCGAAUUCUACGCCCCCUGGUGCGGCCAUUGCAAAAAGCUCAUUCCAGAAUACGAAGCCGCCGCAGCUGCACUUGCCAAAGACGGAAUCAAGCUUGCCAAGAUCGAUGCGAACAAGUACACUGAGCUCGGUCAGCAAUACGGCGUCAGCGGUUACCCUACUUUGAAGAUUUUCAGAAGAGGCAAGGAAUUCGACUACAAUGGGCCGAGAGAGCGAAAGGGAAUCAUUUCUUAUGUCUUGGAUCAGGUCUCCCCGCCGAGCAAGGAAGUGGAGGUGAAGAAAGAAUACAAGAAGAUUUUGGAGAAAGGCACUAAGAAGGGUCCAGGAUUGGGCUUAAUUGCCUUCUUCGAAAACCCCGAAGACGAACUGAUCAACAAUUAUGCCGAUGCCGCCAACGAUCUCCGCGAAGACUUCGCUUUCUACCACGUCAAUGGCGAAAACGUCGCCGCUUUCGGAGGCAAGAACGGACACCUCCGACUCAGCCAGCCUACUCAUCUUCAGUCAAAAUAUGAGCAAAAGUUCUUGGAUUUGGACUUGUCCGGCAAAAGCGCAGAAGACAUCAAAAACUGGGUGAUUGAGCACACUCUUCCUCUCGUCGGAGCCGUUACUCCCGCCACAAGCAAAUUCUACGAGCACCAAUAUCCCCGCUGCUUGGUAUUCUACUCGGUGGAUUUCUCUCACGCGUACAUCAAGAACACGCAAUUAUGGCGCGAGAAGGUGCUCAAGAUCGCAAUCGACUUUGUGAAAAGAGGCGAAAACGUCAUCUUUGCCGUCGCGGACGAGGAUCAGAAUAAGGAGCUUUUGAAAAAGUUCAACUUGCACGAUUCUGGUGAGGAGCUGAAUAUUGGCUACAUUGGAGCGGAUAAACUUUACUACCCGAUGGAGGAAUUCGAUGAGUGGGAUCACGACGAAAUCAGCGAUUUUGUCAAAUCUGUUCUCAAGGGAAAAGCCAAGCCCUUCAUCAAGUCCGAAAAAGUGCCAAAAACCCAAGGGAACGUCAUUAAAGUCGUGGGAAAAACCUUCAAGCAAAUCAUCGACGACGACUCGAAAAAUGUCAUGAUUGAAUUUUAUGCUCCUUGGUGUGGCCAUUGCAAGCAAUUGGCUCCAAUUUAUGACGAGCUCGGUGACGAGUUCAAAGCCGACGAAUCUACUGUCAUCGCGAAAAUGGACGCCGUCGCCAACGACAUCACCAAUCCAGAAUACAUCGUCGAGGGCUUCCCGACGAUCUAUUUCAAGCCAGCUGGUGGAAAGCCAAUGAUUUAUGACAAAGGUCGAGAAAUUGCCGAUUUCAUCACUUUUAUCGAGGAGAAUAAAGCCGGAGCGGAAAAGAAAGAAGAAAAAACAGAGGAAACAGAGGACAGUCCAAAAGACGAGCUCUAA